UUAAACACUUUUUGCGUGAAUCUACGGGUAAAACAAGCGGUAAAGACGUGCCUGGCUCGAACGAAACAGGCAAAGCUACCGAUCUGACAUUGUUACAACAGCAAACAUUUGAUUAUUGUUUACGGAUUCUGGGAAGUCGAAUUACACCUUCAAUAGCCAGUGACGAAAUUCACGUAUCCGAUCUUAUAAAGAAAAAAUUAAUUCGCGAACAUAAAUCCUCUUCAAAAGCAUUACGUUUCACUAAUCUAUUCACAAAAUUACAAUCUCAGACUAUAGUGACGCGCAAAUGGUCAAUAUUGUAUUUUCUAUUGUCAGUUAGCGAACAGUCAAAGAAUGGCGAAAUAAUUGGAAAUGUAAAUAAUCCAAUAGAGCAAGCAUUUGCGCAUCGCGGAUUACAGGAUCUUACUAAAUCUAUAGAGUAUGAAAGAAUUAAAUCAACACCCGAUGAGGUAAAAAAUCGGUUCAUACAAAAUGUAUCACCCUCUCUAGAAUUUGAAAGAAUUAAAUCAACACCUGAUGAGGUAAAAAAUCGGUUCAUACAAAAUGUAUCACCCAUACCAAAACCGUCUGCAAAAUAUUCAAAAGAAAAAGAGUCACUCCCACCUAAAACAAUACUGACUAAGCAAUUGGCAACAUUAGAAAAUAAUAGCGAGAUUUCUGAGGCUUUAUUGUUGCGCGAUAUUGUGUUUAUAUUUCAAGGAAUUGAUGGACAAUAUAUUAAAUAUGAUAAAAAUUCAUACAUCAUCGAUCCGAAGGCCGAAAUUAGCCGGUCCACUCGUGACAUUUUACACCGACUUUCAGAACUAGGAUGGCUUUAUCGACGUGUAAAUGAUUUCGUAAAUGACUUUGUAAUAAAUGUGAAUGAUACACCUAUUGGAUUGGUUGCUCAGGCCUUUUGUUCUGCUUUACAACGUGAACUGACAGAGUAUUAUAGAUUCAUUGCCGUUUUUGAAGCACAAGCUGCUAAAGUGACUGAUAAUCAGCAAGUUGAACCUAAUGGACUUUCAUUGAAACGUUUAUUGGUAUGGACUCAGGAAUCCUUGUUAAAAUUACGGAUGAUGUCCGUGUUGGUGGAUUGUUGUAAACAAAAACAGGGUGGGGCUCUGGUAUCAACGAUCUAUAACUAUACAAACCAUGGUGAUCCGUUUAUUCAACAAUUUAUUAAUAAUAUGCUUGAAGAGGUUUCUAGACCAUUUUUCGAAAUGCUUCAACGUUGGGUUUAUGGUGGUGAGUUAGAAGAUCCUUUCGAAGAAUUUUUUGUUGCCUGUGAUCCGAAUGUUGAAGAAGAAGAUCUUUGGCAGUCAAAAUAUACCAUUCGUCCAGACAUGCAACCAACCUUCAUUAGCUCUUUACUUGCAAAAAAAAUAUUUGCUAUAGGGAAAUCACUCAACUUUAUUCGAUAUAGUUGUCAUGAUAACGAUUGGGUAGUCACAAAUGCAGGAGCUGAUAAGGGCAAGCUGUUGAAAUAUGGUGAUAUUAUAGCGUUAGAAAGUUCUAUAGACGCAACUUAUACUGCCACAAGUCAGCGACUUCUUAGUAUUUUAUUCACGAAAUACAAGCUCAAAGAACACUUUACUGCCCUGAAACGCUACUUAUUACUUGGCCAGGGUGAUUUUAUACAACAUUUAUUGGCCCAACUUGGGCCAGGCCUUUCAAAACCUGCAAAUACACUUUAUCGUCAUAAUCUUACUGGUACUUUGGAGGCUGCUAUUCGCGCGUCAAAUGCACAAUACGAUGAUCCUGACAUCCUUCGUCGAUUAGACGUUAGACUUCUUGAGGUGUCUUUAGGGGAAGCUGGUUGGGAUGUUUUUAGUUUGGAUUACCACGUUGAUUCACCUAUAAAUACCAUUUUUACGCCGCAUGCGAUGCAGCAAUAUCUUAAAUUAUUCAAUUUUUUAUGGCGUUUAAAGCGAGUUGAACACGAUUUGUCGUCUGCUUGGCGUCGUAAUAUGUCUAACGCAAGAAACAUGUACCAAAUCGAAGAGUUGAAAAGAGAUAUAAAUACAAGCAGAUUAGUUUGUAACGAAAUGAUACAUUUUACGAGUCAAUUACAGUAUUACAUUUUAUUUGAGGUUAUCGAAUGUUCAUGGGAUGAACUUGUUAAAGAUUAUACAAAGUCAGGAGACUUAGAUUCACUCAUCGAAGCUCAUAAUAAAUAUUUAACAAACAUCACUACAAAAGUUUUUUUGGAUACUUCAAGUAAUCAAAGUUACCAUACCAGAUUAUUGAACAUAAUCCAAUUUAUAUUGCAAUACAAGAAUGGAUUGGAUGAUUUGCACAAUUUCAGUUUGAAAGAAAUUUUACGCAGGGACAACACCAACAUUGAACGUCAAAUUCCAAAUAUCUUGGGAAAUAUAAACGAAGGCUUUGGGACACAAAAUGUCAGAGAGAAUCUUACAAUGAUUCAAGGACGUUUAACUGAAACUGCUGGACUUUUUAAACGCGAAGUUGUUAAUUUAUUAGUCGCUCUGGCUAAUCAUCAUGACACAGAUUUAAGAUUUCUUAGUCCUGUCCGUGGACAUGGACACUCUAUGUCCAUGUCCAGGAACAACACUGUCAGUAGCCAAUUAUCAGUUGCAGCUUUGAGAGACUUAAUAGCAUAUUAUUAA